CGCUGAUUGGCUGUGUGAGCGGGACUGUAGAGUCCGGCAAAGUGUCGAACUGAAGAUUGAACUGAAGAGGAAGUACUUUUUAAAUAUGGAAAUCUAACAAACUGUACUUUUACUUUCGACAGCCGAGCAAAGGUAGACGCUUUGUCGAGAAAAAUUGUACGACUUCCGGUGUGGUUUUGUGUGCUUGUGGCUAACUUGACGCGGGAACGGGAGCCAUACGGUAGCCCGCUCUGUCAGCAGAGGGGUCCCGCCGUCUUCCCGGUGGCGUCCGGUGACUGGCCGCCGUCCCGGUGCCAUGCUGUUGUUACAGUGGAGCCAUGCCCGCCCAGCCCUCUGUGAGGGAGCCGGAGGAGGAGAUGGAGGCGGAAGGAGAGUCUGAACUCCCUGAGGCCAACGGAGAGGUGGAGGAGGAGAGGGAGAGGGGAGCAGCGGCAGGAGGAGAAGGAGGAGGAGGGGGAAGAGAAGGAGGAGGAGGAGGGGAGGAGACCAUGGAGGAGAGCAUGGAGGAGAGGGACAGUGACCUGGAGGAGACUGAAGAGGAGGAAGAGGAGGAGGAGGAAGAGGAGAGUUCAGAAAUGGACGAUGAGGACUGUGAGAGGAGGAGAGGAGAAUGUCUCGAUGAGAUGUUGGACCUGGAGAAACAGUUUCAGGAGCUGAAAGACAAGUUGUUUCGGGAGCGUCUGAACCAGGUGAAAGUGAAGCUGGACGAGGUGCUGACAGGGAAGGCCGGCGAGUACAAAGAGCCUCUGGCCACACUACAGAACAACAUGCAGCUGCGUACACAAGUGGCCGGAGUGUACAAGGAGCUGUGUCUGAAGGUGAUCCAACACAAGUAUGAGUGUGAACUGCAAGGAGCACGGCAACAUUUGGAGAGCGAGCGGACGUUGCUAUUUGAUGCCAUGAAGACAGAACUGCUGGACAAGAUAAGGAGACUGGAGGAGGACAGACAGAGUGUAGACCUCACCUCAGAGUGGUGGAGUGACGAGAUGAAGAGCAAGAAGUGUAAGAGAAAGAACCUGCUGGCUCGGACGGAGAGGAAGAAGAAAGCUGCCCUGGUUUCAGGGCCGUUCAUCGUCUACAUGCUGAGAGACAUCGACAUCCUGGAGGACUGGACCGCGAUAAAGAAGGCUAAAGCAGCACUGACACCGCUAAAGAAGAAAGCUGAAAAGCGGUGACGACAGGAGGAUUUCAUUGAAGACCAGUGGCAGCCAAACCAAACUUAACACACACAUACACACACACACACACACACACCUCCAGCUCAAUCCCACUUAUCAUGUAGUUUGUCUCGUUGACUGAAACCCAGCGAAGGCUUUGUCCAUGUCAUCCCGUGUGCACUGUCGCCCCCGCAACCCACCCCCCCUCACUGCUUGUUUGUUUUCUAUGGCUAUUUAAAAGAAGUUCAAAUUGAUAUUACAACCAUGUAUUUAUAUAACAAUUUAUUAUGGUGAUUAAAUUUUUAAUCUUUUAUGACACAA